UCAUUCAUUCAAUUCAUUCAACCAGCCUUUUUUACGUCCCAUCACCCAAUCUUUCUUCACACUUCUCUCUCUCCUAAUAACACAAAUAUAUUUCUCUUCUCCUCUCUUCCCUUUCUUCUCUUCUCUUCUCCUCUCUUUCCCAACACAAACUUCAAAAGAUUCUCCGCUCCCCAAUCCAACACCCUGCUUCUGCUUCUUCUGCUUCCUCUUCAUCAUCAUGGACGCUGCACCAGCUGCAGCGCCAACGCCCACAGACGCUCCGCCGGAGGGAUCAGCACCGCCAGCCCAGGCCGAGGGGUCAGCAGCCCAGGCGGCGCCCAGCCGCUACGAGUCGCAGAAGCGCCGAGACUGGAACACGUUCCUGCAGUACCUGCGGAACCACAAGCCGCCACUGACGUUGGCGCGGUGCAGUGGCGCGCACGUGAUCGAGUUUCUCAAGUACCUCGACCAGUUCGGGAAGACUAAGGUGCAUAUUUCCGGGUGUCCUUAUUUCGGACACCCCAACCCUCCGGCCCCUUGCGCCUGCCCUCUCAAACAGGCCUGGGGCAGUCUCGACGCCCUAAUUGGAAGACUUCGGGCGGCCUUUGAAGAAAACGGAGGCCGUCCCGAGUCCAAUCCCUUCGCCACUCGGGCUGUCCGAAUUUAUCUCAGAGAGGUAAGGGAAACCCAGGCCAAAGCCCGUGGAAUUCCCUAUGAGAAGAAGAAGCGCAAGAGAACCACCACCACUAUCUCUUCCGCUGUCACCACCGCCACCGUUUCCACUGUAACCUCUACUUCUUCUAAUAACCCUACUAACGGAGCUGGCGUUAGUGUACCUUCUGAUGUUCCCACUGCUACUCCUCCUAAUGUUACUACUGCUACUACUUCCGUAUAGUAUACUCGGUGGACUAGUGGAGGCGUAGAUUGAAAUGAACACGUUGUUUUGCCUGACACAAGAGUCCAAGGCCUUUCACUUUCGUGUUGAAUCCAUUCCUCGUUUUCUUAUGAUGAAGUUUACUGUUGGAGAGAGUGAGGGAGGGAGAGAAUCGUAUCCCUCUUUAUGGGUUUUUCUCUGCAUUACAUCUAUUUGUUUAUAUAUAUUCUCACUGGGUGGCGUAUAUUUCUAUGAUCUCAUUUCAUUUCAAUUUCCUUGUGACAUCUCGGUUUUGUCUUCACCCAAGGUGCAGUUGGAAAACAGUUUGGGGAUGAAAGAUAGAUUGAAAUCAAAAGAAGAAUCGUACAUACACAUACACAGUGACUGUAUAUAUAUGAUUGUGCAGAACAGUGCAGUUUAUGGAAGGAAAUCAAGAAAUCGAGUUUACCCUUCCAUUAUAUAUUUACUAUGAUUUUAGUUUAGUAGACAAAUGAAUUUAAAAGAAAAAAUGAAAAGUUCGUUGAUUUUUUUUAUCUCUGAUCCUUGUCUUGUUUUGGAUCUGGUGUUCGUAAGAAGGGCAACAAGAACACACAUGGAGUCAAAUAAGGUCUAAUCCUUCUUUUAUAUAUAGAGAGUAGUUCCCAGCAACACUGUUCAUCUGGUCCCCGGUGUUGUAUUAGAUCUGUUGGGCUCAAUCUAUACAAUGAUGCACACGUGCACUUAUCAUUUACAGCUUUUCUUGCACUUCUGCUCAGGUGCUCCUCUUUGCAGCUUCAUCUCAGAUUUUCUGUUCUUA